AAAUCCACUGGAAAAGCCCAGGUAGAAACACCGAGCUCUCACGGGACCUGGAUUGGUUUGUAAUCUUGCACACAAAAGCCAAAUUACUGCAUUGGGCUGAAUUUCAAAACUUUUCAAAUUACUCUAAUGUUCAAAAUUCCCCACAAAACGAAAAGAACGGAACUUGCCAACAGGAUGUAAAUCCAUACUGCAGUGACUCCUCUUCCUAAGCGAUUGGCUUCCUCCUUUGCCAGGGUUGGUGCUGCUGUUUGUCACUCACCAAAUUGCGUCGAUCUGAAGCUGCCAAUUGCUCCCUUCCACCGAGUGGAAAUGGCAGCUUCAGAGGGAGAUGGUGGGCUACAGCCUGAGGAACUCAGCGGAGCUCAAGUCAUAGCAGAGGCGCUGAGAAGGCAGAAUCUUCGGUAUAUGUUUGGGAUUGUUGGUAUUCCGGUGAUAGAAAUAGCCAUGGCAGCCCAAGCUGCUGGGAUUAAGUAUAUUGGGAUGAGAAAUGAGCAAUCUGCUUGUUAUGCAGCGUCUGUAGUAGGAUAUUUAACUGGAAGGCCAGGAAUUUGCCUUACUGUCUCUGGCCCAGGUCUCUUACAUGCAUUGGGAGGAAUGGCAAAUGCAAACAUGAACUGUUGGCCUGUAGUUGUCCUUGCAGGAUCCUCUGACCGAAAUCAGGAAACAAUGGGUGCAUUUCAGGAAUUUCCACAGGUUGAGGCAUGUCGGCUUUACAGCAAAUUUACAGCUAGACCAAACAGUUUGGAAGCUAUACCUGCCAUAAUAGAAAAGGCAGUUAGAAGCAGUAUCUAUGGCCGCCCAGGAGCUUGUUAUGUCGAUAUUCCUGGAGAUAUGGUGACGUCAAAAAUCCGAAGUGAAUUACUGAGACCUGCUCCUUGUUGUCUCCGUGCUCCCAUGGCCAUGGCAGAAUCUCAAGUAGUGAAAGAAGCAGCUUUGAUCAUUAAAAGUGCCAAGAGGCCCCUUGUUAUUGUUGGCAAAGCCAUCAGAGCUAAUACAACUGGAGAGACAGGAUUAUUUAAGAUACAUGGAGGAGCAAAGGCAGGAAAUGAGGGAGAUAAGAGAAUUGCUGCACUAAAACUUGAGCUAAUCAGAAUACGGCGAAAGGCAAGGAAUGCGAAAUUGAGAAGGUUCAGUUGCAAGAAGUCUGGCAGCCCGUACCAACCCUCCCAUUUCACUUUGAACAGUGCAGCCUAUUCUCGUGCUGAAGAUAACAUCAAAAAGCUUAUAAACUUGUGUGGACUACCAUUUCUGCCAACUCCAAUGGGGAAAGGUGUGGUACCUGACAACCAUCGCAACUGUGUCUCUGCAGCCAGGUCUAGAGCUUUGCAGAAUGCAGAUGUGAUUCUGCUGCUGGGAGCCAGGUUAAACUGGAUUUUACAUUUCGGACAUCCACCAAGAUUUCGUGCUGAUGUGAAAAUCAUACAGGUUGAUCUGUGUGCUGAAGAACUAGGAAAUAAUGUGAAGCCUGUUGCUGCCUUACUAGGUGAUGUGAAUGCUGUGGUCGAACAGUUAUUGGAGUGCUUCAGGACUAACCCUUGGACAUAUCCAUCCAACUCUGAAUGGUGGCUUCACUUGAAGGAAAAGAUGAAAGACAAUGAAGAAGCAUCCAAGGCUUUAGCUGCACAGAAAUCUCUGCCCAUGAACUACUACACUGUGUUCCACAACAUUCAAGCAAUGCUACCAAAAGAUUGUAUUAUUGUCAGUGAGGGUGCCAAUACCAUGGACAUUAGCCGUACAGUGCUGCAAAACUACCUGCCUCGGCACAGAUUGGAUGCUGGCACCUUUGGCACCAUGGGUGUAGGCCUGGGUUUUGCUCUAGCUGCAGCAGUGAUUGCCAAAGAUGAAAGCCCGCAUCAGCGGGUGAUCUGUAUUGAAGGAGACAGUGCCUUUGGCUUUUCUGGCAUGGAGGUGGAGACUGUAUGCAGGUAUGGUUUUCCAAUAGUGGUCAUUGUCGUAAACAAUAAUGGAAUUUACAGUGGAGUGGAUGAGGACUCUUGGAACGAGCUGAAAAAAGUGGGGGAGACUGAAAUUGUGGCUCCACCCAUCUCUCUCACACCUAAUGCUCAUUAUGAGCAGGUCAUCAUUGCAUUUGGUGGGAAAGGCUACUUUGUACAAACACCAGAGGAGCUGCAAAAGGCACUUGCUGCAUGUUUGGCAGACCAGAAACUACCAUCACUCAUUAACGUGAUGAUUGACCCAUCAUCCGAUCGAAAGAAACAAGAUUUUACUUGGCUGACUCGUUCCAAUAUGUGACUGGAAUAUUUUGCAAAACCAAAGCAGAGUAAGCCAGGCCCAAUUGACUGGAAAACAUACGUUAUGACAUCAUUUUGCAUACCAAUUUGCAAGGUGAAAUUUCGGCAAGAUUGGAUGCUUAUAUUCUUAAAAAUUUGUGAUUACCGUUGGUUCUGAAUUAGCUGAACAAGCGAUGGACCUCAGGAAUAAAUUAACUUUAUAUUGUUACGAAGAUUGUGAUUGUGAAUGUUUCUGAAGCAGUGAAGUUGACAGUAAUCUUUUGUGUUGCCAAAGAGGAAAGUAUUUUUAGAUUGUUGGACAGUAGACCAAAGUCGUUGAUCAGUAUAUGAAAUAAAAAAGAUGUUUUAUUUCUUGUGUAGAAUUGUAUAAAUAACUCUAAAAUACCAUUAUUACUGCCAUUAACUUCAGCCAGGAAAUAAUCAUGUAUAAUAUUUAGACUGAAUAUCUGUCACUAGUAAUGCAAUGCUUUUUUGUGUUUUUUUCCUCCUAAAAUCUAUUACAAAAUGAAAAAUAAAUUUCUGUUUUCAUGAUAUCAGCAUGGGAAAUUAUACUUCACAGAAAUAAAAACCUAACUGAUCUUAAGUUCCAUGUUAUUGUUCUGAAAUGAGUUACUUGAUUAUUUUAAGCUUUUAUAGUAUAACCUUACAACUAUUGUAGUGCGCUGAGGAAUUUUAAUAUAAUCACAUUGUAAUUUUAGUAAGCUAUCUUGCUGAAGAAAGUUGUCACAGAUAUUUAAUAUUUAUUUCAAAAUGGCAUUGACGUACAGUUUUGAGUCUUCAUGCAACUCAUGACUGGACGUCUGCAAUCAAAACUGGGUAUUCUCUGAAAUGUAUAUUUGUUGGACCAGUAACAUAAUAAAUCGCAAACAUAAAAUGUGAGAAAUUUAGU